GUUAAACUGCCCUUCAGUCACACCCAUUUGUUGCAGUUGAUAAUAAAUAAGGUUUAGUGUUAGUUUAGCUUCAUAUUCAGAAAAUAUGACCACAGAACAAAGCAUACCAGAGAAACGAUAUGAUCCAAAUGACAAAACCCUGAAAUUUGUAAAAAGAAAGGAUGAAAUAACAGGAGAUGACGAUCCAAAUAUUUUACGGGCAGAAAUGUCUUGUGGGCAUGCAGUAGAUCCCAAUUCAUUGACAGCUUGGUGCAGAAGCCUUAUAGACCAGAAUCACUACAAGUUUCACUGCCCUGCAGUACAAGAUGGGACAACAGAAAAAUGUAGAAAGGAGUGGCCAUACCAAGAAGUUAGGAAACUGGCAGUUCUGAGCAGCGAGGAACAGCAGUACUUCGAGGAGCAUCUUGCUGCUUUGGCUGCAGCUGAAUACUGUGAAUAUAAAUCGUGUCCAGGCUGCUACAGCUUUGUUGAACGAAAGGACCUGACCAAUUUAAAUGUACGCUGCUUAAUCUGCACAGCUCAGUUGGGAAAAACCUUUGAGUUUUGCUGGCAAUGUAGGAAUGAAUGGAAGGGCCCAGGGCCACGAACAGAUCGAUGUGAAAAUACUGGAUGCAUGAACAGAGACCUGGAGACACUAAAGACUUGUAAACUUAUAAAUUUAGCAGGAACAGCAGUGAACGACUGUCCAUCAAUCCGGGCUUGUCCAACUUGUGGACAACUAAUAGAGCAUGACCAAACAGGUUGCAAAAAUAUUCGCUGCAGUCGAUGCCAAAAAGAAUUUUGUUUUGCAUGUUUGGAACUUACUCAGGUUUGUCAAGCAACAAGACCCGGUGCAUAUUAUGGAGCUUGUGCUAAGCCAGUAGCCCCAAAACAAACAUCCAUUCCUACAUGGAAUAGACAUGCAUAGAAAAUAGUUACUGGCUUUUAUAAUAUAAGAUUGUGCAUGUAAAAGUGACUCUUGCUAUAAUACUUCCUCUAUCUUUUAAUCAGGCAGCCUGAAGGAGAUAUUAGCAUCUUUCAGUUCCUCUGAAUUUUUGUGUCAGCACUGGGAAACAAAAAAAAAAACUGUAAACUUUUGUCAUGAUGUGUACAAAUGGAGAAAUGAGUAGAGGCAAUUAAAUUUAUGUGGUGUUAUUGACUAGCCACUUUAAAGCCAUAAAACCUUGUGGUUUUAUCUUAUUCUAGCAUCUUUGUUUGAUCAUAGGUGAUAAGAUCACUUUUCUGCAAUGGACUUACAGACUUUGUUUAUAUUUAAAAGUACUGAUCAAUUUUUACCUCCAGGAAACUUUUUUUGUUAAAAGUCUUUUGUUGUA